UCUUAGUCGCUUUUCAACACUGCUGCAAGUUAAAGGCGCAAUUUUCUUAAAAACAUGCCACCAAAAAGGACCAAAAAAGCGGCUGAACCAGCUCUGCGGGAGGAUGUUGCAGAUGAGUUAGAUCCCUCGCAACCAGUGCUCAACGUGGAGCACUGCCGAUCCUGACGCGUCUUUCGUCGUCGGGCGGAGGAGCUGCACGCUGCUCUGCGGGAGCGUGGUCUCCGGCAGAUGCAACUCCGCCUAAAUGCCGCCGGAGCACCUCGGCGCGGCGCCUUCGAGUUGAGCUUGAACGUGGGAGAGGGAACGCAGGAGCAGGUGCCACUUUGGUCGGGUCUAAAGCGAGGGCCACCGCGUGCUCUUAAGUUUCCCACUGUGGAGGAGGUAUACGAUCGGAUCCAGGAGAUUCUGGGUCUGGAGCAGCAGAACAAGGAUCUGCCCAAGAAGAUAGAGUUUGGGACUGGUGAAUCCCAAAAGAAUUCGGAAUCCAAGGAUCUGCACAUGGAGGAGGCAAUUGCAGUCAAUUUAGAGGGAUCAAAUAAGGUCCCUUCUAAGGCUUUAUCCAAAAAGACGACGCCAGCCAAAUCCGAAGUUACGGAUAUUGCAUCAGGUAACUUAACGCAGGAACAGAAAUCCGAGGAGGAGCAUCCUAAAAUCGAUUUAAAGGAGCAGAAGGAGGAAAAACCAUCCAAGAGGCUGCCAAAAACUCGAAAGAAGCUGACAAAGUCAGCUAACACCAAAGAUGAUAACCAUGAAGAGCAGCCCCAAACAAGUCAGAAACGCAAGCGACCCACCAGAUCCUCCACAGAUGAAACUUCAAGCAGUUCCAAACGCAGAAAGUAGUUGUUCCCGAAGAAAUCUUCCAGCAAUAGUGCCUGAUGACCGAUGAUUGGCAAAUCCUCUCGGGGAACCGAUCAUUGAGAAUACCCUUCGCCUUUGCUGGAUGUAUAAUUUUGCAAAACGACGAGAAAAACACUGCGCAAUUGUUAUUACAAAAUAUAUUAAAACAUCUUAGAAACCUA